CGGCUAUUGCGUGUGCUGUGUGAUGACGCGGUGGUCAGGUGUUGCCUCAUAUAACGAGGGGAGCUGUCCAAGUGCUGAAAGCAGAAGAGAACAGUCCCGCUCCGGAGGAGAUGCCAUACACCUUCACUGCUGUCUGAGCUUUAUUGCCAAAGGUAAUAAAUAGCCUAUAAUGCUGCAUUUCCACCACAAGUUGCCCGCGGGAGGAGCCGCGGUCCUGCUCGCCUUCCUCCUCCACGGAUGCGCCGCGCAGGCUGCGUCGCUCCCCCGCCACUACAGGCUGCGAGGCGGGGAGAGCGAGGGGCAGCCGGCCGCCUACCCACCCAGCUCCGACAUGAUGAAAGCCCUGGAGUACAUCGAGAAUCUGAAGCAGCGGAACGGGGGCCGGCCCGAACCGGUGGAUUAUGACGAGGUGGAUAAGUUCAGGGUCCUGCUUCAACUCGCGUCGCAGCAGGGCGAGGGUCCCGGGGAGCGCCAGCCCGCCCCCGGCGUGCAGAGGCAGGACAUUACCGCUGAACAGCUGAUGAAAGCCCUGCUCAAGUCCCUGCGGGAUCAGGCCGGAAAGGACGCAAAGCUCGCGCCUGCAACUGCGCCACGGAACGACCGGCGCACGCACAGGCACCGCACCAAAGACACUGAAACCGCCGAGGGCGCAGACUACGGCAAUUUCCCCAGACCUCACAAGAAGUACCCGCUUAUGUUCGAGGACGAGGAGAACACAGACGCUGCAAAGAGGGCCACGGAGGACCUAGACGAGCAGUACACCCCCCAGAGCCUUGCCAAUUUACGCUCCAUCUUCGAAGAGCUCGGCAGAAUGCCCCCAUUCGCCGCACAGAAAAGAGACACGUUCGGGGACGAAGAGGAGGAGGAAGAUGACGGACUGAGCAUGAGAAACCAGGGCUACGAAGACGUGGCCGGAGGAGAGGAGUGGGUGCCCGUGGAGGAGACGGAGGAGACGGUCAACCGAAGCCACGAGGAGAUGGAAAGGGCGCUCGGUGAGCAGGAAGAGGCAGAGAGGGAGGAGAUGCAACGCCGGGCCGGCCAGAACCCGGAGGAUGCUGACGACGACACCAAGAUGGAAGAUUACUACCUGCUGAAGGUCCUCGAGAUGACGGACCAGACGCAGAAGAGGGACAACACCGGAGAGCAGAGAAAAAGGCUGAUCCGCCCCUCCAUCGUAGAUCCUCGGACCGUGAAGGAGCUGCUGGAGCUGUCCCUGAAGCUCCACGUCCCCCCGCAGGACCUCAUCGACAUGCUGCUCACGCAGGAGCUCAGAAAGCUCCACCGCGACCCCGAGGCGCUGACGCGCUACGCGGCCGGGCAGACCCCCAAAAUCAGGUACUACAGCCGCAGACUGCCCGUAAAGAGCAAGCCCGCCCCAGAGGACAUGGACAGAGAGGACUUCCUGGACAUCAUCGGGGUGGAGACCAUCAGCAACGAAUACCCCGUGGUGCAAAGACCCCUGAAGACCUCUCCGUCCUCGGACAGAAUCCCAGCGGCGUCCAACCCGGCUGCUAAUUCGGGUCCAGUCAAAAUCCCCCCUCCUUCCGGACGCAGGGAGAACCUCUUUUUAUCCGAGCUCAACAAAAUGCCCCUCAAACGUCAGGCCGCCGCGGACGACGGCGACGACGACGACGGCGGCGACGUGGAGGACGAGGUGACGACGUACCUGGCGGCCAAAAUCCUCACAGAGUACCCCAACACCAUCAGCAAGCGGGACACCCAGGCGCAGCUGAGGGGGCAGUUCCCCUACGAGCUGUACGAGCGCGCCAUCAAGGACUACCUGGGACAGGAGGACGCCGAGAAGAGGCCCGUGGCCAAGAGGGAGAGCGAGGUGGCGCCGGAGGAGCAGGCACAGCCCGAGGAGCUGCAGGGGAAGGAGGAGGUCACGGCCAAGACCUCGCCUCCGCAAACCCCGAACGAGGAGGAGGAGAAGGAGCACCGCGAAAAGGCAGUGGCUGGGAUGUAGCCCGAUCUCCUGCAAGACGCACGGCCUUCUGAAUAUAGUAUUUAUACUGUCUGCAAAUAAAGUCUGGUGGAUGUGAUCUAGUUUACAAAUUUCUAUUAUAUGAACUAUAGCUGGUAUUGCUAAUAACACCCUAACAGAAAUGAUCUAUAGCAAUGUUAGAGGUCCGACACAUUUGUAGAGUAAGUCCCUAAUUGCUGCAAGAAUAUUUUAAAAUUGUAAUUGCAAAAGUGAGACGCAGAGUCCCUUGAUUUGUCUGUUUAUUAUUAAUAGCUAGUCACACGAUAACACGAGCCAAAAUAUUAACGUUUUUUGAUGUCGUUAAACGUUUGUUUACAAGAGCGGUGUUUGUAAACAGCAGAAGCAGGAAUAUAUUUUCAUCUAUAAUCGACGGGGUAAUGGAAAAAAAAACAAAACAAAACAAAAAAAAACGCUUAUUUUUCAUCCAUGUUAAAAUAGUCACCGACAUAUGUGAUCAUGUUGUGAAUUAGAGUGUAGAAUGCUGAGCAUAGAGCAUCACGACAUCUUUGGUUAGGGCCGUGUGCUGGGCUGAGGACGAGUGUUGUUGUGACUCGUGAUAUAUUCAGGGUUAGUGGAUUCAAUGUUACUAUGAAUAAUUAUCUACCAGUCUAAAUAUCAGACCGUCGCCUGCCUUCCGACCCUUUCAUACUGCGAAGCUCUGUAUCGUUGGCCUACCAGUAGUUGUGCUCCGUAUGCUCAUUUUUAAACCAUUUUGUACAUGUUCAAUAACGUGUGAUGACUCACAGAUGAAUAAAGCAUCAGCUGUA